CGCUGAUGCAUUUCAUCGCCCAACGCACCACUGCGAAGUGCUGUGGGCGCCUGCAGGACACGUGCGCGCGCCGCGCGGUGCGCACCCUGCGCCGGUCGAUACCACCCCGAGCGCUCGACGCGCGCAACCCCUCGCUCUAUACCCAACUAUCAGGUGCAAAAGCGACAUGGCCGACAGCGAGUUUGAAGAAUUUCGGAGAGUUUUCGACAGAAUACCACAACAUACAAAGGCUCCAACGCCGUUUUAUUCUUUAGUGCCAAAUGUGGAUUUGGAAGACGAGUCUCCGUCAUCGAAAAGUGAUGGCACGCCGGAGGACGACCGAGGCUGCGUAGCCGACAAUGACUCCAUGUCGGCGCUCCCUCCCGGGACGGCAUCCCCGGGACCUCCGCCGGAGCCCCCCGAGGCGCAGCGCAGCCCACGUCAUCAGACCUUCGUUAACGGCGAACGGCGCAGGCGAAAACUCCCCGAAAUACCAAAAAACAGAAAAUCAACCAUAUUGGCAUGUGGCCAACCGGCAUCGCUUGCCGACGAGCUUGGAGCCCUGGCUGGUCCCCUUAUCCGACCAGGAUGCCAGGGCCGCCCACUUUUAGUGCUCAAAUGCGGAUACUUGCUUGACGAGGACUCGAGCCCGGACUCAGAGCGGCUGCAGAGCCUAGGCGAUGUCGACAGCGGCCACAGCACAGCACACUCACCUAUAGACACUGGCCCCAAAAGUUUAUCUCCGACGCCUCUACAACAGAAUGAAACAAACAUUUCGGUUUCACCAUCAUCCAGCUGUAGCAUUAGCGGUAUCAAUUUCGCUGGUAACAUGACUACGGUGCCCCACAGUCAACUGGAAAUGCUAGAAGCGACACAUAGAGGCCUACAUAAGUUCAACCCGCGACAUCACGAUGAAAUAGAAGUGGAGAUAGGUGACCCCAUUUAUGUACAGAAGGAAGCUGAGGAUUUAUGGUGUGAAGGAGUAAAUUUGAGGACAGGGCAGCAAGGAAUAUUCCCAUCAGCCUACGCAGUAGAUAUGGACUACAAUGACUUUGAUCCAGCAAAUGCCAAAGUAAAAAGAGAGCGAUAUUUAUUAGGGUACAUGGGAUCAGUGGAGACGCUAGCUCAUAAAGGAACAGGGGUCGUGUGUCAAGCUGUUAAAAAAAUUGUGGGAGAGUGCAGUGGCGAACCGAGAGCGCAGCCGUGCAUUCUAGAAGUUUCUGAUCAGGGCCUACGAAUGGUUGACCGAUCAAAACCAGAGAGAGGUCGAAACGCUCCAUGCAUCGACUACUUCUACUCAUUGAAGAACGUGUCGUUCUGCGCGUUCCACCCGCGCGACCACCGGUACCUCGGCUUCAUCACCAAGCACCCCACGUUGCAGCGCUUCGCCUGCCACGUGUUCAGGGGCCAAGAGUCAACCAGGCCAGUCGCCGAGGCCGUAGGGCGAGCAUUCCAGAGGUUUUAUCAAAAGUUUAUAGAAACGGCAUAUCCAAUCGAGGAUAUUUACAUAGAGUGAAGCUAUAGUUCUAGUAAUCAACAUUGCAGUAAUUUUAAGAGCCCGGUAACG